AUUUUAGAUCUCCGUAUCUGUGAAGGAGCAAACAGUCCAUGUAUGAAUGGAGGACAGUGUAUACAGUAUUCACCUCAUAAUAAUUAUACUUGUGAUUGUACUGGUACUAGAUACCAGGGAGUCAACUGCACUGAUCUCAAUAUCUGUGAAAGAGCAAACGGUCCAUGUAUGAAUGGAGGCCAGUGUAUACAGUAUUCACCUGCUAGCAACUACACUUGUGACUGUACUGGUACUGGGUAUGAGGGAAUCAACUGUACUGAUCUUGUUGCUUGCAGCAUGGAAACUAUAGCUAGUAGUGAUCGUGGUACAUUUGAAUGGCCAGAGACAAUGCCAGACAGUACAGUUAAUAUAUCAUGUCCUAAUGGUCCUAGUGGUACUACUGCUAAUAGAACAUGUACUAAUAAUAGUACUUGGGAAUCACCUGGUAUAGAAUCCUGUGCAACUACUGUGAUAUCUAAUCAAUUUAGGAAUAUUUCAAAGGUAAAUGUUACUGCUGAAAAUGUAGUAUCAGUAUCUGAGAACUUAACUGAUCUAGUGGUCAGCACUACUGAUGUUGCUGAUCAGAAUACUGAUAACCAUUAGAACAGUAUCUGCCAUAUUGAACCAAACAGCAACAUUGCUAUCAGAUCCUAUGAUAAUCAUGAA